UAGAGCCGAGGCAGUCGCAAAGUGUUUUCAUUCUCGCUACGUCUCACAAGUGCUUUACUGUUAUAUGCAGUAGGUGUAUUUAUAUAUACAUAUGUAUAUGUAUCAUAUAUAUGUGUGUCUCGUGAAGUAACGGCUGUUUGCGUGUUGCGUGUCAAAUAUAACAACAACAAGAACAGCAACAACAAAGGGCGCAGCAGGCGCAGCGCAAACGGCGAACGCAUCCCCCGUGUCUCUAUAAACGAUUAUUUAAUUUAUGGUUUAUGGUCAAAAAAAAAAGAAAUAUAGUUAAAUAAAAAAAACAAAAAUAAUUGGAGGAAAGUGCGUGCCGGUGAACAGCUGCGAGAGAAUUUACAAGUGAAGCGAAUAUAAUUAUACAAUGUUUAAAUCGAAGACAGUAGCUUAUAUUUGACCCCAGGCAAAGGUCAUUAUUAUAUUGAUAUUUAACUGUGCGCUCUGCUGUUAUCAGUACAGCAACAACAACAACAAUAGCAACAAGAAUAAAUAUAACAUUAAACAAAACAAUAACAAUAACAAUAUGGGUAACAUGCGCUAUUUGUCGGAGGCUCAUUUGCGGGGCUUCGAGCGUUACAAGUAUAACAGCAUAGACACUAGUUUUCUGAGUGUCUAUAUAAUGCAUCCGUUCUGGAAUGCCUGCGUGAAGUAUUUACCGAAAUGGCUGGCGCCUAAUAUACUCACUUUUGUGGGUUUUCUCAUGACCGUGGUGAACUUCAUAUUGAUAGCUUAUUACGACUGGGACUUCAAGGCGGCCAAUGACAAAUCGGUGGGCAAUACGGUGCCCGGCUGGGUCUGGACCGUGGCGGCCAUCAACAUACUCAUCUACUACAAUUUGGAUGGCAUGGAUGGCAAGCAGGCGCGUCGCACGGGCACGAGCGGUCCGCUCGGCGAGCUCUUCGAUCAUGGCUUGGACUCAUAUUCGGCGGCCCUUAUACCCAUCUAUAUAUUUUCACUGUUUGGCACGGCGGACUUGCCGCCAAUACGCAUGUUUUUUGUCAUAUGGAACGUGUUUCUCAAUUUCUAUUUUACGCAUGUUGAAAAGUAUAAUACGGGCGUUAUGUUCUUGCCCUGGGGCUAUGACUUUACCAUGUGGGGCGUCAGCGUGAUGCUGUUUGCGGCCACUUUGGUGGGUCCGGAAAUUUAUCGCUCGAGCUUUUACGGCUUUACGGUGGCGAAUAUGUUCGAGAUUGGCCUCAUUGGCUCCGGCAUACUAUCCAGUCAUCCAAUUAUCAUAAGGAACAUAUAUCUCUCAUAUAAGAAAAAGACGGGCAAAAUGCGCCCCAUGAUGGAGAUGUUGCGUCCAUUCUUUGCCUUCGUCUGGCUCUUUCUGAUCACCUUGGUUUGGUCAUUCUUUUCGCGAAAUCAAGUCAUUAAUCUGGAGCCGCGUAUCCUGUGGAUACUCUAUGGCACUAUCUUCUCCAAUAUCGCAUGCCGCCUGAUUGUGGCCCAAAUGUCGGAUACACGUUGCGAUGGCUUUAAUAUACUUAUGUGGCCACUGCUUGCCACUGUGGGCGUCUGUUGUUUUCCCUGGUAUGAGCAUGUUUUCGGCAUGGAUCUGACGGCGCAGGGCGAACGCUGGCUCGUACAUGGCCUGACAAUAUUCGUCACUUUGGCGCACUGGCAUUAUGGCUAUGGUGUGGUCUCGGAAAUGUGUAAUCAUUUUAAGAUCCGUUGCUUCAAAGUAAGAAAAUCCCACAGCAAUUCCGUUGAAUACACUACAUUCCAGAACAAUAACAAAUCCCAGAAAAGUCAUUGAAACUAAUUACAUACUAACUUAAAAAAAAAAACAAAUCAAAAAAAAAAAAUAUUCAACGAAAUACGAAACUACCAAAA